GGUGGUCGUGCGGCGGUACUGUCAUUGGGUCUGUCUUCGAGUAUCAUCCGCUAAUUGGUUUGACGGUACCUUGUGGUCAGUUUCCCUUAGACCUCCGCAGACAGCCGGGCACUAACAGGCGGAACACAAGGGGGCCUCCACGUCCAGCCUGUGCCACCAGAGUAUGGCGGCGCCCCGGAGCCAGUGCACAGCAAAGAGCUCCUUCAGCUGCUCGGAGGCCUCUCUGGGAACUUCUGUUACGCAGCGGUGCUGACCAACAACGGGCCCUUGUAUGCCGAGCCGGACAGGUAGUAGCACCAAGAAGAGGAGCGAGGCUAGUCCUGGAGAUAACGGUCCUACUAGGGGAGGUCAUGUAGGAUUGCAGGUAUGCUAUGAAGAUGGGAAUUUUGGUGUUCAUGAGGAACUUGCUGCUAGCCCUCUGCCUGUUCCUGGUGUUGGGCUUUCUCUAUUACUCUGCUUGGAAGCUGCACCUUUUACGUUGGGAAGACUCUCAUUCAGUUCUACAUGCCUUUGACUCCGUUGGACACAAAUUAGGCCCAGGACGGAGAGAGAGAAAAUCGGGGAUCCCGGCCCUACCCUCAUCUGCUCCAUCGCAAAUUGCUGCUGACAGCAUCCAGCAAGAUCUCAAUGAACCAAGCGUUGCACGAGUGCCAUCAAUUCUAAAAUAUGAUCGUCUUGGCUUUCUACUUAAACUGGAAACUAAGCUACCAGUAGAAUUGGCAACAAGGUAUUCGAAUUUUUCAGAAGGUGUGUGCAAGCCCGGCUAUUCUUCUGCACUUAUGAAUGCCAUAUAUCCAAAGUUCUCCAAACCAGCACCAAUGUUUUUGGAUGAUUCUUUCAGAAAAUGGGCAAAGAUUCGAGAAUAUGUUCCUCCCUUUGGUAUCAAAGGGCAAGAUAACCUAAUCAAAGGCAUCUUGGCUGCUACAAAAGAAUAUCGACUCACGCCAGCAUUAGACAGCUUAAACUGUCGACGAUGUAUCAUAGUGGGCAACGGAGGCGUUCUUGCUAACAAAACGCUAGGAUCUAAAAUUGAUGAAUAUGAAGUUGUUGUCAGGUUGAAUUCUGCUCCAGUUAAAGGUUUUGAGAAGGAUGUAGGCAGCAAAACAACUCUAAGAAUCACAUAUCCGGAAGGAGCAAUCCAGAAACUUGAACAGUAUGAAAAAGACUCCAUUUUUGUUUUGGCGGGUUUCAAGUGGCAGGAUUUCAAAUGGCUCAAAUAUAUUGUUUACAAGGAGAAAGUGAGUGCCUCUGAUGGAUUUUGGAAGUCUGUAGCCACGCGUGUUCCACGUGAACCACAUGAGAUCCGUAUCUUAAAUCCAUACUUUAUUCAGGAAGCCGCCUUCAGCUUUAUUGGGUUGCCAUUCAAUAAUGGGUUGAUGGGAAGAGGGAAUAUCCCAACGCUGGGUAGUGUUGCCAUAACUAUGGCACUACAUAACUGUGAUGAGGUGGCAGUCGCAGGAUUUGGCUAUGACAUGGCCCUGCCGAAUGCUCCGCUGCACUAUUAUGAGACUAUCAAGAUGGCAGCAAUUAAAGAGUCUUGGACUCAUAACAUCCAAAAGGAGAAGGAUUUUCUAAAGAAGCUUGUUAAAGCACGCGUAAUUAAUGAUCUUACUAAUGGCAUCUGAGUGAAGCUGAGUGUGAGCAGAAGCUGUGCUGAUUUGAAUAAGCAUGGAUACCAAAUGUUACCAGAGCUUAUCUUCUGCCCCAAGACAGGCUUGCAUGCCUUCAGAUGUCCACACUUCCAAGUGAAAGUUUGGUUCUUCAAUUAAGCCAGUGGCCAUAAGAACGGAAAGCAGUACAGAAGUACUUGUCAACAACGAUGACUUUAAUCUGGAAACAGACUUUUAUUUUAAAUGGACAAGUUACUGUGCCAAAUGUACCUCUAGUUUGGGAUUUUAGGUGCAAAAGGUACACUACGUGCAUUUUGAAUGUAUAAAGUAUUAUUUUAGAUAAAAGCAUGGAGUUAUUCUGCGUGGGAGACAGAGAUAUGGAUGGAAGGAUAUCAAGACACUAAUAGUUUCAUAUUAAUGCACAUUAUAACAUAUCUCUGGCUGUUUUAUGCAGAACCUAUGUACAACUAGGACCCAUGACCGUCCAGGGUUAGGGCAUUGUUGGUGCUGCUAUUACUUCGAUGAGCAAAGAUUUGUUCAGUCUGUUUGUUAUUGAAGAAUGUUUUAAAAUAUUCGAUCAAGGGUGGGAAUGGUAAGCUGACAGGUUGUGAACACCAGAAGCUUCGAUCAGUGUUAAUAUUUCACUGUGGAUCAGGUUGGAAUCUUAAGAAUGGGCACUUUGUGACCUGUUGUCGUGUUUUUGCCUUUUGCAUGAAUAAUGUGAAGGGCACUGACUUUCUGCACACAGAAAUCAUGUUCGAUUCAUCAUCAACAAAGGUAUAUGUGAUACAAACAGAAAUAUCCACAAUACAUGUCAUAUCAAGAAAACAAGCAUACGCCAGAACCUGAUUCCUCUACCUUUGUGUCAGACUGGCUAGCAAAUGGAGUGACAUUUUGCAUUACAAUAUCACAUCAUCAUCCAGCUAAUAGGAUUUCUCAUUAAAAUUCACAACAUGUUGCAGAGCCUGCAGUGAAUGAUUUGAGAAUUCUUUUUAAUUAUUGGCAAGCAUAUCCCCACACCUUUUGUAUUUCUUUUCUGUCUAUUUAUGAUAUCUUCUUAAAUUUGGAAAUCUGGAAAACAGUAGGUUUCAGGUUUGAUAUUUGUAACCUCAGUAUUCAUUUCUCCUACUGCUACAGUGCAUAUCUGGUCCCAAAAAGUAGCCAGUUCAGUAAAACGUUAACAUACUUGAAAUUUUGCCUUGUUUUUUGUUUGCAUUAUUGGCAAAGCAUGUAAAACACUGCGCUGGCAAGAAUACCCAAUUAUUAUUUAAAAGGUAAAACUUCAUGGCUUGUAUAAUUUUCCAUCUUAAGUCGGUGGCACAUGGGUCAAAGUUACGAAUAUCUUCAUAGCAAUAGUUGGUUAGAUGUUAGUGAAAUAUGGCCACUUUGCAGGGAUCCAAUGGGAUUAUCAGUAAGGUCAUGCAUCAUGAAUGUGCUAGUGCUUUUACAUUUGUAUUGAAAUGCAUGAUAAAUCUGUGCAUUUCUUUACAAAAUAUACACAAUGCAUAAGCCAUUUGGGAGUGUACAAUGCCGACACUAUCACUAUCACGUCUACCUUUCCAUCCAGCAUAAGGAAGCACACCUAUACAAUCCAUUUCAUUGGACAUUUAACUCAUGGUGCCAUUGGCUGUGCACUGGUGUCGCAACUCCUCUGGUAACUGACUGCUUUCAUUUUCUUGAGUAAAAUCCAACUUUGCAUUUC